GCACACACAGUGCAAACACACAACCCGUACCCAAGAUAUUGUUAAGGUGCUCUUGUAAUGGAACUCAGAUUGAGUUUUACACAGUGAUGCUGCUGGCCAAAUCAGUUCACUUUCCCUGCAUUUUCUUCAACAACAGAAACAAAGCAUUGUGAAUUUAUGCAGUAAUUUAUCUGGGAUUCUACAUAAAGCUCAGGAACUUAAAACGAAUGUGACUGUCACCCUUCUUUAGUAAUUUGCCCACAGUAUUGGACCUAGACCAUGUCCUCCACUAUGUCCUCUGCAUUCUACCUGGUCCAGUGGAUGCCAGGACCAUGUACAGAACCAGGAACCAGUAAAGAAUUCAGCAUCAUUGGACUAGAAGACAUCAAAGAUGACUAUCGAUAUGCCUUGGAGACUGGACGUAUUACCAUGGCAACGUAUCGCUUUCGGAGUGGUUCUAACGUCGGAAGCAUGCAUCGCUUGUGCAAGGUGCUUGGAUCCGCAGGAGAUAAAUCUCUUUUGGAGGUCGACUUGAUGGCAUUUAUGAAUGGAGGCGAGGAUGGGUCUGGAGUCUAUACUAUCGAAGAUGAGAAGCCAAAUCAGCUGACCUUUAGGAAGCAGUCUGGCUCUAGGCCUCCACCUUGGGAGGUUGAGAAAGAGAUGCUCACACUGCUGGAGGAGAACCAUAAAGUCAAAAGAGAGAACGAAGCACUGAGAACAAAGCUUGCCAAAGCAGUUGAUGUGGGUGACUUGAAGAACAUUUUGGAGACUACCAUACUCAACAUCCAGAAAAAACAAAUUGUUCAACCAUCACUCAAUGAGCAGACUCCCUCCAGCCAAGUGUCCCAGCCAAUCAUUGAAACCCUGCACAUGACUCAAGACAUGGACUUGAUAUCACAACCUCAGCUCUCCAGUAUGGUUGAUCACAACAUGUCGUCAAUGCAAGGGUUUCCCUUAUCUACAUCGGUCACACAGAGACAACCUCCUAGGCGAGCCCCAACAGUAAACUCUGUGAGCCACCAGCUAACAAGAACAUCCUCGUCCACUACUACUGCCCAAAGUCAGUCUAGAGCACCAGAAUCAGAAAUGGAUAACCCUUACAUCGUCAGAGUUCAGUCACUAGCCGAGUCAACGCCCAUUCCACCAGCACCGCCUCACCCUGUCGAAGUCCGACCUGCUGGGAUUGCUCCACGUGAGAAACAAGGGGGAAAUUCCAUCAACCAAUUAAACAGAGGGUACACUAGGCCUUCGGCGCAGAUCAACCAGCGAAAGAACAAUGUGAGACAGAGGCAGAUAAAGACCCCUCAUUGGCAGGCUAGCUAUGUUUCAGAUGGUAUCACUGAACGUCUCAGGAUUGGACGGAGUGGGGUGAGCCAAAGCCCUUCCAUGAGUACCAAUAGUACUAUUGCAAAUAUUUCGGCACCAUCAAUACAACGCAUGAAACCUAUUACAAUGAAGGGUGCGGCUCAAGAUGAUCAUGAUGGGGAUAAGCUGGUCGAGCUUGUUGUGGGCUCGGGCAUCUGGUUACCAAGGAAACAGCUAAAGCUGUCGCAGAGAACCAAAGGACUCAGCCAGUACACCAGGAAGUUAGUCAUGCUCCUGUUCAACAUGAAAGAACUCAGUACCAGCUCUGUUACUGGCUUCAAGGCAACAGGCAAAGGCAGUGAGAAUGCCAUCAAGCGUCCGGCCCUGGACCCCAAGAGAGUUCAUGCCAUAAUCACUGCUGUUCAGAAGCGCUUCCCUGCAGCUUCACCAUUCAAAGUCAAGCAAGUCAUGAGUCAGAAGCUGAUGGAUAUCCGAAAGACAGUCCGGAACAAACAACUCAAGAAUGCCACAUGGAAACAAAGAGGAUUACACCAUGGCAUAAUCUAAGAUGGACCAGUUUCCUGCAUUUAAGAGACAUUGAAAUUCAACUAUAUCAGUUUAUUCACUCAAGUUGAGUUCUUGUUGGAAUUUUUAUCAACUAAAAGUUAAGGCCACUGCCAAAAACCAUCUGAAAGCAACAACAAUUAGACUAUGUUCAUUAGACCACCAGGAGAUAAAAGGGGUUUUUCCCUAAAAGGACCCUGUUUGGAAUUUUCAUUGUUGCCUUGGUCUAUCAAUAUCUCUUUGGUCUACAUGCUAGCCAAAGCAGAAAAAAAAAAAGUAUAUGAACUUGUGAAAAUUAUCACUGGGGAGUGCUUCACAAAGAUUUAAGUGUGACUUUUUGAGUCCCACUUUAAUUCCCAUUUGCUUCCUGUAUAAAAGUCAUCACACAAUUAGUUAAAUCGAGCUGAGGAUCCGUGCUACGUAGUAUUAAUCAAUACGAUUGCAUGUUAUAUCAUCUGCACGUCUGCAUUUAAUCGUGACUCUGAGUCACACUUAACUCUUUGUGAAAUCUAUCCCUGGUCCUGGUUGUGAUAAUCUCAUUGUGAUACCGGUAAUCAAUUACCUAUUACAUUAUGCAGCUCUACAGAAACCAUAGUGAUUUUGUACAGUGUAUAUAAUGUAAAGAAAAUCACACUAAAAAGCACAUUGUUUUGGGGGUGCUUGCAAGUUUUUUUUAUGUUAAAUCAAAGCUGUAUAGUUAUGCAGGUUAAUAUUUUUGCUUUUCCACAAUAUAUUUGUUCAUCCGUCCAGAAGUUGAGAUUCAGUAAAAAAAAACUUUGCUAUUGGUACAUGUACACUGGUUGACAAUAGGUUUGUCGAUAAACAGCAUUAGUAUUUUGUCUAAGACUUAUAGAGAGACUAAGAAGACAUAAAGUUGAUGAAGAUUUAUUGCAAAGGAUUAAGAGAAAAAAUGCACCAGCUAUCUUUCUAUUUGCUUAGUUUGUGAAAUUGUUUUAGGACUAGUGACAGCAUGGCUUGUGUCUAUCGAGGGAUGAUCCAUGUUACAAUGUACUUGUAAGAACUGUUCAUGAUAAAGAUGAUUUCAUUACUUGGUAGCAAAAAGUCACAUCUGCUGAUUUGCCAAACUAGCAGGCAAGAAAGUAAUAUAUGGUAUGAUCAUUGUUCACCUUCAAAUAAAGCAGUCAGCAUUACCUAUUUGUUCUAUGUUUCAAAUCAAUGACUUAUAAAUUAUGAUAUAUUCAAAACAGAGUUUAAAUUAAAAAAAAAACAGGUUUGAAUAUUUCAUAUGAUGAUAUGAAUCAUAUAUAAUGAGAUAAAAAUGUUAAUUCACAUUGGUGUCAAUGUAGAAACCUUUGUACGACACAGACACAUUGUUUUGGUGAAUAUCGUUGUUUGUUACCAACUAAUUGUAUAAAAUUUGGUAAAACUACAUAACACAUUUUGUUUGUUUGUUUGCUGUUUGGUUUUCCUUAAAUUAUGAAUCUACUGCCAUAAGCCUGGAAAAUGUGUUUAUAAAACAUGUCUUCUUGCCCAUUUGCGAUGUGUUUUAAAGAUAUCAUUGACAUUGCAAAGCUUGAAUUUGAAUGACACUGAGUUUUGAAGGUUUUUAGAAAGAAAUCCAGUGAUAGCAAAAUUGAUAAUUUUGAUAAAAUUUGAUAACAGUGCCAGCAUUUGACCAAACAGCACCGUUUCUCUGUUCCUGGUUUUUUGUAUGUUGUUUUUAUCAAUUUAAUUCAAUUUCACUCAUUAUUAAAGCAAACAUACUACCACACUUUGUCAAAUUUUUGAAUUCCACAGUUCAUCCUCUGUUCUCCCAUUCCCUUUCUAUAUCCCUCUCUCUUCCCAUUCCCUUUCUAUCUCUGUCUCUCUCUUUCUCUCCAUUCCUUUGUAUUUCCCCUCUCUUAACAUUUUAAAAGUAUUAUUUCCUUUCAAGGUUUGCCAUACAAAGCACAUAUGUGGGUGCGUUGUGGUCUGGUGGUUCUGACUCUUGCCUUUCAAACAGAGGGUCGUGGGUUCGAAUCCUAGCCAUGGCGUGUUUUCCUUCAGCAAGAAAUGUAUCCACACUGUGCUGCACUCGACCCAGGUGAGGUGAAUGGACACCUGGCAGGAUUGAUUCCUUGCAUGCACUGAGCGCCGGUGAUGGUAGCUCGAGCUAAAGCCAGGGUAAUGAUAGCAAGCGCUUUGUAUCCUCAGGCAAAAAGCGCUAUAUAAAUCCAGCUAUUAUUAUUAUAAGGAAAGGGGUAUUUAGAGGGCUGCUGUAUAGUAUUCAGGGGUUAUCAAAUAAUACUGGAACUUAAAAAACAGAAUAAAUAAAGAGCAUAUAUGCUUAGCUUUUCAUUGAUACUUCACUUGUGUAUCUUUAGCUGACACUAUAAAUGACUAUUUAAUUUUUAACUAUUAUAACUAUUAUAUAAAUAUUUAACUAUUUAAUGCUGAACACAAUUUAAGAAUUUCAUUUUGUCCAAAUUUUGGAAAGUAAUAUGCAAAGGUGAUUCAUGGAUAUGCCUGCCAAAUGAAUGGAUCUAUACCAUCUUGCAGGUAUGCAUGGUCUCAGAAAAGUUGAGGUGUUGCUCUGCUAUAUUUGGAACAUAAAAUUGUAAAAUUUAAUAAUCUUUCAACAUCAGCCCUCUAAAUCAAUUAACUUUAAACCUAGUAUUUGAUAAGAACUGUAAUUAACCCCAUCAUAUUAUACUUGAAAAGUCGAUUCACUAGGUGAACUGGGCCCCAUUGCAUAAAAGUUACUGUAACUUUGCCAUCCAAUGGUAACUUCCCUAAAAUCCUUGAUUCUGAUUGGCUGUUGAGCAUUGUUACCAUGAUAGUUACCACAGGAUGACUAUUACUAUUAUAGUUAGUUUUGUGCAACAGGGCCCUGGAACUGAAAAACCUCUCAAAUUUUCAGUACCAAAUAUCACCAUGCAACCAAAAAAAAAGAAGAAAAUUUAUGGUCAAUUAUGCUAUUUAAAGAGAAACAAAAAUUAAGGAUGUUUUAAACCAUUGAUUAAUGAUUUUUUUUUUUAGUUUCACUGCAUGGGACUGAAUUUUGUAAAUAAUGAAAUAAAAUGCUAUGUUUUCAAUAGUUUUCACCAAA